ACUUUGCAUCGCAUCGGACCGCUUCAACGACUAUAUAAAGCGCGAUAAACGAUGCGGAAAAUCGUUAGCAACACGGCAAGUAGGAAGCUUGGCCUCCUCCGUCAUCUCGCUGCUUCCCACUCACGUUUCCUUGCUUCUACUCCUGUUCUUGAUCUACUUUCUACCAUGCCUUCCGCUAAUCCCUCCGCUCCUGCUCUCUCCCUCGAUACCAUUAACCCCAAGGUUCUCAAAUGUGAGUAUGCUGUCCGUGGUGAAAUUGUCACCCUCGCGCAGAGGUUACAACAAGAGUUACUGGCUAAACCAGGCUCUCAUCCCUUUGAUGAGAUACUUUACUGCAACAUUGGAAAUCCUCAGUCUCUUUCUCAGCCGCCAAUAACUUUUUUCAGAGAGGUUCUUGCCUUGUGUGACCAUCCGGCCAUUUUGGACAAAAGUGAAACACAGGGUUUAUUCAGUGCGGAUGCCAUAGAGCGCGCUUGGCAGAUUCUGGAUCAAAUACCGGGAAGAGCAACUGGAGCUUAUAGUCACAGUCAGGGUAUCAAGGGAUUACGAGAUACAAUUGCUGCUGGUAUUGAAGCCCGUGAUGGCUUUCCUGCUGAUCCAAAUGAUAUUUUCUUGACAGAUGGUGCAAGCCCAGCGGUAAAUUUCAAUUUCACAUUCUUUCUCGGUUUUAUAAAUUUGUAUAUUUUCUCUUUCAAAUUGAUACAUUGUAAUAGAUCGUGUUUUCUUUCUUACCAGGUCCAUAUGAUGAUGCAAUUACUGAUAAGAUCAGAAAAGGAUGGAAUUCUUUGUCCCAUUCCUCAGUACCCCUUGUACUCUGCUUCAAUUGCUCUCCAUGGUGGCACACUGGUUCCUUACUAUCUUGAUGAAGCAACAGGAUGGGGAUUGGAAGUUUCUGAGCUUAAGAAGCAAUUGGAUUCUGCCAAGUCCAAGGGCAUCACAGUUAGAGCCUUGGUUGUUAUUAACCCAGGCAAUCCGACAGGGCAGGUUCUUGCCGAGGAGAACCAGCGGGGCAUUGUGGAAUUCUGCAAGAAAGAAUGUCUUGUUCUACUGGCAGAUGAGGUAUAUCAGGAAAAUGUUUAUGUUCCUGAGAAGACAUUCCACUCAUUUAAGAAGAUUUCUCGGUCUAUGGGGUAUGGUGAGAAGGAUAUCUCCCUAGUAUCCUUUCAAUCAGUUUCUAAAGGCUACCAUGGGGAGUGUGGAAAAAGAGGAGGUUACAUGGAAGUCACCGGAUUCAGCCCUGACGUAAGGGAACAAAUGUACAAAGUGGCAUCUGUAAAUCUUUGUUCUAAUAUCUCUGGUCAAAUACUUGCAAGCCUUGUCAUGUGCCCACCCAAGGUGGGUGAUGAGUCAUAUGAAUCGUACUGUGCAGAGAAAGAUGGAAUUCUAACAUCACUGGCAAGGCGUGCAAAGGCACUAGAGGAUGCAUUUAACAACUUAGAGGGUGUAUCAUGCAAUAAAGCAGAAGGGGCAAUGUAUCUCUUUCCUUGUAUUCACCUGCCCCAGAAGGCAGUAAAAGCAGCAGAGGCUUUAAAGACAGCCCCGGAUGCAUUCUAUUGUCACCACCUCCUUAAUGCCACGGGAAUUGUCGUUGUUCCUGGUUCUGGGUUUGGACAGGUACCUGGCACCUGGCAUUUCAGGUGCACAAUACUCCCUCAAGAAGAUAAGAUUCCUGCCAUUGUAUCCCGCCUGACAGAUUUCCACAAAGGAUUCAUGGAUGAGUUUCGUGACUGAGGCAUCUUAAUUUCCAUCGCGGCCUUUUAGAUACUUCAUAAUAAGGUGUACCCAUUUUGAUCAACAAGGAAAUUUUUCUAACACAUUUUACCUUUUGGUUUUUUUUUUUUUUUUUAAAAGAAUCAUUUAUUUUUUCUCAGAUGAUAACGUUUUGUUGGUUGAACUGUCCCAAGAAGCAUAAUUGUGUGUGCAAUGUUAAUCUGUUUUUUUGGGACAUUUUCCAGGAAAACCGGCUUGGAGAAAAUGUUCAAUAGUUAUAUAUACAUGAAUAAUGUAUGUGCCUUAUUAUUUAGUCACAUACAUAUAUGUUCUCCUUUUCAA